CAUCAAGCCGCGAUGUUUGUAACGUUAGCUAACGUUAACUGCAACUUCACAGGUGAAGAAGCCUCCUGAAAAUGCAAUAAGUUGUGUAUGACGCAUUGCUUGUAAGAUAAGUCUACUGUUGGGCGAACUCGGAAAGUUUUUUUUCCCCAGUAAUGUUAAACGCAUUUAGUUUAGUUUAGUUAUUGCUAAUACUAGCAAGACAACUUUAGCCAACAAGCUAACAUGUGAGAGUGACAGAAGACGGCUAACUACCCGACCAACUAACUGCUUUAAUUACACAUUUGUGAUGGAGGAUAACUCGUCUUCUUCUUCAGUGGUGAGUGGUGUCACUCAGGCGUCUUUCCUCCAGAGGACUUUGGAGCGGUUAUCAUCUACACAGAGCUUGAAACUGAAAACUGAGGAGGCAGCUCCUGUCGCUGUCAUCGCACUUCAGAGAUACCUGUCCGAGCAAACCGAAGGGCAGCAGCUCGACAGCUACAGCUACGAUGUGACAGUCACAGAUGGAGUCUGGCGAGCUAAAUGCUUCCUUCACCCCAGUUUGAAUCAUCUGGUGCACAGCAACAGCCUAAAGACCGGGUCUGACAUCAGCAUCACGCAGUGCUCCUUUGUUUACAACGAAAGGAGGCUGGGACAUGGCUACAUCUGCAUUGAACAGCUCAGAUGUGCUGCAAAAAGAUCUGCUGUGCUGGCUCGUGUAAACACUGUCAGUUCACUGCCCAUGCUGGUCAAGCAGGGAAUGGAGAGGAGCGUGGUCCUGCAAAGUGAUGUCCCCCUUCAGGUGAGCCGCAAACAUUACCUGUCACUUUGGAACAACGACGACCCAGAGGGCGACAUCUGGAUGUCAGGAUCCCCUUCAGCUGAUACUGUGCUGGACGUGUCCAAGGUUACACUUCUUUCUAGCCUGGACUCAUCCUUCAAAAACACGUGGAAGCCCCUCCCUCUCCUGGUGAAAAUCAUACACAAAUCCAGGUUAAGGUAUUAUGGAAAGUUUGGCCUCAAGAUUGAUUACCCAUACCAGGCAUACUUUGAAGUUGCUGACCAGAGUGGCACAAUGUCCCUUGUGCUUUGGAACGAACUUUGUCCCGAGUUUUACCAGCGACUGAAUGUUGGCACAGUGUUGUACCUUCAAAAUUACACUCUGAAACAGAGUUAUUCAAACCGGUCACGCCCCCAAAUGGACCACCAUAGAAUGAAGACCUUUAACUCUGUCGAAAUCUGCCUGAACCCUCGCAACCCAGCUUCAGUCAUCACCGUGGUCUCACCAAAGAGCAUACUUCCUCAGUGGGGACUGCCUGACAUUUCCUACCAGUUCACUGCUCGGUCAGAGUUGGAGAAGCUGGCCAACAAUUCAGCAUGUGAUAUAAUUGGUUUGGUGACAUUUGUUGGCCGUGUUGAAAGAGUGAAGAGUAAAGGGAAAGGUCCAGAAAAGUACUGGACGUAUCGCUGGGUACAUGCAGUGGAUGGAACAUCUGACCAUCCUUUUAUUUUGGAGCUUUUUUCCACUUCUCAAGCAGAAAUCUUCAGUCAUAUUUGUCCGAUGACCUACCUGGUUUGCACUCAGAUGAGGGUUUGUCAUGUGGAAGGCUCGUUGCCGUACCUCACGAGCAGCUGUGAGACUGAGACGUUCAUCACAGGUUACCAUAAAGGUCAGCCGUACGUGAAUGACCCCAGAGUGAAGAGCUUCAUCCAGUGGACCAAGACUCUGAAGGACAAUGUUGUCCUCCAGAAAACAGCUGUUGGUGGCUAUUACCGCUACCCUCGCCCCCCAGCGAUGUUUACACAGUCAAUGGCUGAUGCUCAAGUUCCUCUGGUUGCUGCAGCUGAUUUGAAGAGAGAGUUAGAAACCCUGCAGUACAGAGAACACAAGAAACUCGCAAUCCAAGGUCAGAUCGCAGCAGUGCAGUACAUGGAAACCCCAAAGACUCCAGAGCCACAGGGACUAAAAGACAAAGAGGUGCCCAGUGCUUCCACUGAUGUGUGUGAUCAAACUGUGACGUACCCCAGUCAUUCCUCAACAACAAAGCAGACUUUUGUGGAGAGUUUAACGUCUCACUGUACUGACAGCAGCUCUGAGAGCAGAAGGAAAAGAAGAAUUCAAAUAAGUAAAACCACACAAUCCUCCUUGAAUUGCGGUAACAUUCCAGCUAAAAGGAACGCUGGACGUAAAAAUACAAACGAGGGUGAAGAGCAGGCGGAAGAAGAGAGCAACUCUGCAUUUGAGGAAGUUCAACAAGUGGGACUCAGUCUGCAAGCUGAAAAUCCAAAUCCAGACUCUAACGAUUUAUCAUGGGAAAGCAGCAGCUGGGUGAGGCAACAACAAGAAGUGUCCGAGCAUUUGUGUCAAGGCGGUCUGUGGCAGGACAGCAUCUGUCGGAGGUUCACGCUUGAUGAGAAGAACGUCCUGCUGCAGUGGAGCAACCUUCAGCCAACACGGUGGACACCACUGCGGACUGCUGACACUCUCUCUCCUGUGCUUUGUCCAGGAUACUACCACGUAACAAUAUUAGGCAUUAAUAAGCAGAUAGCUGUUGAUGCUGCGUAUAUUCCUGUUGUUAGCUCCAGCGAGCCACAGGCUGUGGGCCUUCCUCAGGAUCCACAUGGCAACACGAUGCUGUCCUGCCUUUCAUCUGGUUUCCUCUGUUCUCUCAGCAACACUGCCAACAACAGUGAAGAGACUCUUCCCAGGCCAGAGGAAAUCUUGGCAACUGCCAGUGAGCUUGAAGACACACAUGUCGUGUGCAUCCUUGACCUUUGUCACCUGGGUGGAGAUAAGGUGGAAGUCAUGAUCAGCAAGGUGUACAGGUUGACGGAGGUUUCUCUUGACUAGAAGGUACACGAGAGCAAGUGCGGCAUGUAAAUAUCAGCAUUAAUCAUGUAACUUAACAGUUAUUUAAAAUAGAAGGAGCAAUAGAAAGAGAUUCCCUGUUAUAUGUACAUUGAAUGUUAAAUAAUUUAUAACAUUUUUUUUAUUUACUUGAAGUGUAUAUUUUUACCAUUAAAAUGUUUCCACAGGGAACAACUUUGUGGUGUGAAAAUGAAAAUGUGCCUUUAUUUUUUAUUUUUUUGCACCAAGAACUCAAAGCUGAUGAGAAAUA